AUGAGGCUUUGGUUGGCCGCAGUGCUGGGCUUCCUCGCCCUCAGGGCCCCGAGUGACCAGGCAACGUUUCAGCCGCUGCCGGGGGCUUACCCCAGCAUCACCAACGAGACCUUUAUCAAGUGGGUCGUGGAUGCCCACAACAAGUACCGCUCCGAAGUCCGCCCUUCAGCCUCCAACAUGCUGUACAUGAGUUGGGAUAUAGCUUUAGCUAGAACGGCAAGAGCAUGGGCAAACAAAUGCAUUUUUGAACAUAGUCCAUAUACAGGGAGCCAUCCUGAUCCCAAAUUUCGGCCCAUUGGAGAAAAUCUAUGGAUUUCAAAUGCUGUGAGAAGACCAUUUAAAGCUGAAGGUGCCAUCAAGGCAUGGAAUAGUGAAGUUCGCUCCUAUAAUUUCCAGAACAACAAAUGUACACGAGUAUGUGGUCAUUAUACACAGGUUGUUUGGGAUGUAAGUUAUAAGGUUGGCUGUGCAAUUGUUUUCUGCUAUAGAUUUGGUACAACAAGAAAUAUAGAAAACUUCGUGUGCAACUACGGACCAGGUGGCAAUUACCCAAGGAGGCCUUAUAGAAAAGGACGGCCAUGUAGUGAAUGCCCAAAAGGAGACACUUGUGUAAAUAAGCUCUGUAGUAAGUAUAAAACUAAAUUUAGCUAUACACGAUGGUAUCCAUCCUUUGAAUAUCGGAUUGUAUGUGACGAAUCCUGUAUUGCCUUAGCAAUUUUAAGACCAUCAUUAAUGUUUUUAGCAUUUGGAGUCGUUUACUAUUUACAACACCGUUAUCCAGGUUUAGGCUUGCAACAGUAA